AUCAUGUUUUCAGUGUACCGCUGACUGAGUUUGCCGAUAGUGGGCUCUCCGGAUGAUAUGGACAUUUUAUUGUUUUGUUAUGUCGUUGGGCCAUUUAUAUAUAAAAAAAGAACCAAAAUAUAAUAUGAAAUCCGUGAAAGGACUGUAAUUGAUUUAUGUGUUGUUAAAUGGUUUCAAAUUGACUCUGUAAUUAUUUUUCAGCCGAGCCAAGUAAAAAUGACAUUUUGUUUAUCUGAUAAAUCUACAAACGAAAAUAAACAAUUCGCAACAAAAAAAAAGUGUUUCGUUUAGAGUGCUUUACCGUAUAGUAACAUACAUAAUAUGUAGAAGAAUUUAAUUGAUAAUUUUCAUACAUGUGUACGAGUUUCGUUUUUUUAAUCUGAAAUGGUAUAGCUGAUAAAUACAAUUUUGUAUAUAAAUAAAAAAAGACAAAAAAAGAAACAGUCGAAUUUAUCACUGUGCAAAUACACAAAAGGAAAAAAAAAGAGUUUCUUUCAGCAUCUAAUUAAAUAGAGAAUAUAUAAUAAGUUGUUGGCUUUGCAAAGCUAUAAUAUAGGAGAAAGGGAACGAAAAAAAAAAAUCUUCAAGGUCAUUUGAUGCGUAAAAAGAAUGCUCAGCUGGUACACUUCGUUUACAUUUAAGCCAGCGAUAAAUAAACGUAUAUCGUAUCACAUAUGGUAUCUAAAAAAUCAUGACUGUCGUAGUAUAUUAUAUAUAUGUACACAUUAUUGCAGCUUCGGAGCGAAUAAAUUAUUUAUUUUGACAAUUUGAUUUCGAUUAAAGCUUGAUUGAUAAAGGAAAUUGUUAAUGAAUUGCGACAUAAAUGCAGUAUACGAUAGUGGCCUUUUAAUAGGCCAACGUUUAGAACAAUUACUCCGACUACAAAGCCAUCGAAAACUCAACGGAUUUCGACACCCAUACAUACCGAGACAGAGAAACUCAAUAUUGAGAUUGUUAGUAGUGGUGCAGCUGCCGACGGCCAAUACAGCCUAGUUCGGCCGAUGUUAUCUGCUGUGGAAAGUCACUUUGGGCCUGGCCGGGCAUAUUCGCAUCACUUUGCUGGGCCAGCUGUUCCAUCGUUGCUUCCACAUUGUCCAAUAUCAACAUUGCCGGUAUUAAGUUCCACAGCGGCUGCAAUGUCAGCUGCAGAAUUUGCCAGACCACACCCAAAACCCAGAUACAGUAAUGGUCCGAUACGGAAUGGGCUGACAUCGCCGCGUUCAAAAUACUCAGAACAAACUGGUCCAGUUAAUUUGGCUGUAUCACAACAACAAACAUCUACAACUCUCUCAUUAGCAGAUACUUCCAUAUCCGUGCCCCAAACUCAGUCCAAUAUUGAACCCGUGUCGCCAUCAAUAUCGAAUUUGUAUGGGCCGCCAAAGCUACCGUACUGCCCACCUCAAGUUACAGGUGCUCAUGUCUAUCCAUCAUUAAACUAUCCCAGUCUUUAUGCACGAAGCUACGGACCACCGGCUCAUUAUCCUCCACAUCCAUUGACCAAUCGUAGUCAAUUACAUCAUACGUCAUCGUAUAUACCAGGUCAACUGGACUCUUACUCAAAUUAUAUUCCACAAGUGAAAAUAACGCCUCCAUACGUUAUAUCAUCUUCGCAAACAUCGCCAAACGGCAAUGGUUCAAGUUCAGGUAAACCGUCUUUAGGCAACGAUCGAUCUCAGCUGUCACUGUUAGCGCAGCAGCAACAACAACAAAAUUCAAAUAUGCACAAUAAAGAUAAGGAAAGCAAACUAUAUUUAUAUGUGCCAACGGCCAAAACUCAUCCAACAAAUGUGAUUUCAUCAUCGGAUCCUGUUCAGACAUCUUCACCUUCUAGUUAUGUAAGACAACAGCCAUGUAAAGCAUCUUCAGCUGGUGAUUGUUCCAGUACAAUUACGUCCAAUGAUAAGGCUGCAGGUUUUAAGGUGCCAUCAGGUAAAGAAGGUUCACUUAAGCACAGAAUUUUAACGAGGCCUUACGCUGAUCGAGAAGUCAAAUCGAAACCAUCAAUUCAUGGUACUAUAGUCAGAUCAACCAAUAACAACAAUCCGUCAACUAACUUUACAAAAGGUUCGUUGAUCGAGUUGGCGAAUGGGGAUUUACGUCCCGUUGAAGAUAUGCGAACGGAAGAUUUCAUUUUGUCGUCAAAUAAAAAUCCAGAACUUCAAAUGGCUGACACAACAGUGGUGAAAAUUGUGCCUGGUAUGCAAAAUAAUGUUUUGAUCACGUUCAGCUACAACGGCAAUACGUUCGACAUGGACGCAACUGCUGAGCAUCCGUUUUUCGUUUAUGGUCAUGGCUGGGCCUCAUGUAACCCGGAGGGAUCAAUACAGGCGUUCGGUUUGAAAUGCCAACGUCUACGGGUGGGUGAUGUUUGCAUCUCGUUAACACCGCGUGAACCCACUUCACCACUGAUUGCAACAUCCACUGCACCACAAUCAUUUUACCAUAACGAUGACUCAAACCAAAUACCACAAAAUUUAUCGAAAAAGCCGGAAACGACUCCGACAACGGCUACUGGUACAACCGUAACUAGUCGACCCGUACCACCAUUCGAUUGUCAUCAAUCGCUCGCCUUCUAUGCAUCAUACCUAAAUACAUCAUCGAUGAAUGCAGCCAUAAAUGCAGCUAGUAUGCUAGCAAAUACCACGAACAAUUUAAAUGAUGAACGUCGCCAUCAGGUAACAACAAAUCAUCAUACAUCCUUAAUACGUAACAUGCAUACGGACGAUGGGUCCAUUAAAUCUAAUCAUCAACAUAUCAGCGGUAGUAAUGCAAUGGCAACGACAUGCAAUUCAGUUGCGUCGAAACAUACAUCCGUAUCUACCAUAUAUCGAAUGGCUGAAUGUAAUGGCAGUGAUGCAAUUUUUUCGAAAAAGCGUCGAUGGUCGGCACCAGUGAUAUGUGAUGAUGAGAUGUGUCGAAAGUCCGGUCAGAAAAAUUGUAAUCACAAUAAUCAUGGCCAUGGAAAAGUCGAAAUGAAUUGAAAGGAAAAAUGAU